UUUCCAAAUACCGGAAAUCCCUGUGCUCCCGGCAAUCCCUACCUACUGUAUGCUAUGCUAUGCCAUGCCUGCCAGCGAGCCCCUCCUCCCCGACGCGUUGCGUUGCGUUGCGUCGGCUCCCCACAGCUCCCCAAAUGGGGUGGUGAAGUGAUUUAUAAUUCAGACAUUCUACAAAGCACAUCCCUUUUGCUACUUUGCACUGUCUACCUUGUAAAUAUCUUUGUACAUUUUCGUUGCGUUGGCUCGUGGUUUUAAUUCUGCCGGUCCAUACCUUAGCCAGCCCAGCCAUGAGCUCACUGACCGAAUCCCCCUGUUCGCUUCCAACUCUGCCCAUACCGGCUGACACGGAUGCAGCUACAAUCGCAUCUGACUUCUCAAAGAAUCUCUUCAGCUUGCAAGGUCAUCAUUUCGUCGAAGAUGCUGUGUGGCGAGACAUAUUCGCAUUGACGGGGACAUUGCGAACCUUCUACUCCGCAUCAUCGAUUUCUAUUGCGUGGCACGAGACGACCAAGAGAGCCAAUGCAGGGUCGUUCAUACUCGACCCAGCUUCUGCUCGUAUCAUCCGCUUGCCUCAAGGGUCAUCAUGGAUCGAAGCAAGCUUUGCUUUCGAGACGAAUGCUACUCCUCGGACAAAAUGUACGGGAAUCAUGAGUUUGGUGCCUGGAUCGGAUGGAAAGUGGCGAAUUUGGGUGUUGAGGAGUAUUUUAGAACAGUUAAAGUCGGCAGGUGAUGUGGAUGUCCUCGACCCUGCAAUCAAUGUGAACGGAAAGGCGAAUGAGUACCCAGAGCAGACUCAUUUCGAUUGUGUGAUUAUUGGUGGUGGUCAAGCUGGGUUGGGCACUGCGGGGCGAAUGAAAGCGCUUGGCAUAUCCUAUGUUGUGCUGGACAAACAACAGAAUAUUGGAGACAAUUGGAAGAUGAGAUAUGUUUCAGCGAGAUUGCACACUGCUAGGGAAUAUGCUCAUCUACCGUUUGAACGAACUUUUCCAUCUCGCUACCAAGAAUUUCUGUCCAGGGAUGAUUUGGUCGAGGGCUACAGAAACUGGGCCGACAAAUUCAAUAUUAAUAUCUGGCUAGGCACUAAGCCUAUAUCAGGGACAUGGGAUUCAAGCCAAGAACGGUGGACUCUGAUACUUCAACGUCAUGGAAAGGAGAUGUCCAUUACAUGCUCCUACAUUGUGGUCGCUGGUGGGGCUGGAGGUCAAGUUCUAAAGAUGCCUAGCUACCCAGGUCGAGAAGUCUUCGAAGGGCUUGUACUUCACUCAGUAGAAUACAAAGAUGCAUCUAAGUGGAAGGGCAAACACGGUAUCGUUAUAGGGACAGCAAAUACAGCUCACGAUGUAGCUGUCGACAUGGUUGAAGCAGGAUUGUCCUCUGUUACCAUGAUCCAGAGAUCAAAGACAUACGUUCUUCCCAUCGAACACUACCUGAAAAUCUCAAAAUUAACCUACAACGCCACCAUCCCAACUGCAAUAGCUGAUCGCUCCUCACAAACCCAACCCAUCGCCAUUCUCGACCUCAUAAGCCAAGUCGCACUCCACACAUCCGCACGCCAGGAACCUGAGCGUUUCGACGCCUUAGAAAGAGCCGGCUUCAAGUUAGAUCGAUGGGGUAGCAUACAGCAAUGUUUAUACGCCCGAGCUGGUGGGCAUUAUAUCGAUGUUGGGGGCUCGGAGAUGAUUGCGAAAGGCCUCAUCAGAAUGAAAUCCGAUGCUCUUCCCUGUCGAUAUCUCAAGAAUGGACUUGAAUUCAACGACGGCACGCAUCUCAAUGCUGACGUAAUCGUGUUUGCAACCGGCUUUGACGUCAACAUGCGCUAUCUUGUGAAAGAAAUCUUUGGCGAUGAUGUUGCGGAAUUGAUGGGUGACUAUUGGGGUUUGGACCGAGAAGGAGAGUUGAAAGGGGCUUUCAGACCUUGUGGUCAUCCGGCGAUGUGGUAUCAUGGCGGCACGAUUGGGCAUGCGAGGUAUUACUCAAGAUUUUUGGCGCUCCAGAUUAAGGCAAAAUCAUUGGGGAUGCCCUUGCCGCUUUAUGAAAGGAGAUUUGAUUAGUCUCCAGUAAGUCUCGCCAGAACGUUUAACAAUGUCUGCUCCGAACGCCCUGCUCUUAAUGAGGCUGUUUGCUCCUAGAUAUUUCUUACUAUGUCCACGGAGAAAUCGAAGAUGUAUAUAGUGGAAGCUGUGGGGACCCCAAAUCUACGACUUGGAAUGCUUUUCAUUGUUCUCACUCAAUGUAAAAUAUCAAUAUUGUAUGGUCCUUGUGGAAUGAGAGUAUAAAGAGCUCCCUCCGAAACUAUCAGAAGCCGCCCGCUCAAUGCAGCAGAAGACGAUUAGUUGACACGAAAACGGACAUUCCCGGUAAGGAAAGGCUAUAAGAUCUUGGUAUAUUAAAAGGACAUUUUGCUCGUUGGUUCUCCAUUCAUGACCACUGUCAAGUCUUCUAUCUUAAUGUCAAGCGAGCCUUCGAGUUCAGUACAAAUUUGUAGAGUCGAGCGUUUCUACAGAUUGUUCCUGUACCAGCUUUUUCCCGGUUCAGAGCAACUUCGUAUUGAUAGGAACAAAAUUCAAACCUCAACAGCC